AUGGCUGCGAACAGUAAGCGACUUUCGGAGAUGAUCGACUCCUUCUGCAGUGAGAGAAGCGACGAUCUACUUCAUAUUCCAAGCCCAAAGAAAGAAUCCCCGACGAGAGAGCAAGAAAGCGGGUUUUCCAUGGAUCGGCGACAUUUUUCGUUUGAAAAACCUGGUACGCUCCAUGAACCAGGUCCUAAUGCAAACCAAUUCUCGUCGCCCAAUUCUUUUGCAGAGCGCGGCAAAAGGGAAAGUAUGAUAUCAGAUUAUUCUGCAAGCAUUCAUGAAGGCGUUCCAGUCGCGUUUAUUGUCUCCAAAUCCAAUCCUCAAGACAGUAGUAGACAGCAUGGUGCGCCUUUGGAAGAGAGCAGUUCAAGGGCAGCUGUAGGAUCAAGCAAUGGGGACGAAAACGGACAAUCUGAUAUGCCAUCAAGAGUGCCUUCUACUUUGAAACUCGCUUUCAUCGGCGAUGGCAAGCACAAAAAGCCGAACUCGUCGAUCGGAUCAGGCAAUCUCGCAAGUGAAAGUGGUCACUCUCACAAUAUUUCGAGCCACAGUGGUGCAAGCACGGUCCUGUCCGGCGGCGAGAAUGCAAGACUUAACCGCUCUAAAGUGCACAAUCCAGCACAGCAGGAAGAUUACGGGGCCCAAAUGCUUCUCGGCCCCGCCUUUGGCUCAGCCGACAAAGCUACGAAUCAUCCACAAAUAAUCUACGAAGAAACGGCAAGCAACGAACUCGUCAUCACAUCGGGCGAAGAGAACGGCGAAAUGCAAUCAAUAGCCUCCAGCGUCGUACCGCCUCUUGCCACGAGUGUUUUCGACAGUUCAGAGGGCCCCAGACCACCAGACCGUGCUUCGACCUCAGAUUAUCAGCCGUCUAUUCCUCCUCGAAGCAGAAACCGGCCACCAUCUCACCUGUUCAUCAAGGAUACGCUUGAUGACAUACAGACUCAACUGGAGCAACACAUGUCCCUCAAAGACUCCGUUUCCCGUGUGAGUACCAAUAAGUCCACGAGCUACUACUCUGCUGCGGACCAAGAUCAGAAUGACCUCGAAGGUGACGCAAUGGCCCAAGCCGAAACCGAAGAUGACAGUUAUUUAGCCAGGCCGCUUCCGAGCGUACCUGAUGAGAGUAAUAAUGUCUCGAUAGACAGAAACGAAACCCUCUUGGCAUCACCCUCGAUACGGCAACAGCAAAAGCUUGAACAACGACCCGAAUUACCAAACCUGCCCCUGCCCCACAUGGCAAAUUUUAAUGGAGAGGGUGAUGAACCUCACUUGGCGAGUAAUGAUGACAGUAGGAAUGCCAAAAAAGACGAGCAUUUAACGACACCAGCGAGACAAAAAAAGGGCAAAAUUAAUACCACACAUGAGAGCAAGCCAAAGCGUAGGCCGCGGUCUGAGAUGAGACCUUUUGAUAUCGACACAAUUUCUCAGCUACUCAAUGUAACGAAGGGAACCAUGAUCGGAUCAGAAUUUGCCAAUUUAGGAAUGAGAGUAGAGGAAAAACGAGCGCUUGAACGAUUGGUCGACUCUCUAUCUCGGUUGACAGCUGAUAUGGUUCUCGAUCCCGAAAGGUUUGAGGAAGGACUAAAGAGAUUAGAGAAGGCAACUAGAGCUCUAGAAGGAUUCUGA